AUGGCUUCAACAACCAGUUUCUUUUUCUUGUCGCCUAACAUAAUUCGACCACCAACAAUGUCUACAACAUUGAAAGCUAAACGACGAUGUUGUACUUCUUUUUUUAUUACUGAUAUACUCGGUAAUCGUAGUCGUUCACCAUCUCCAACAUCAGCUCACAAUCAUCAUCGUCAUCAUAAUAAUGAUAAUAAUAACAAUGAAAAUCAUCUUAUAUCAAGUAUUACCAAAGAUGGUGAAAGUGGUGAUGAUGAUGAUACAAUGUUGCGUGACAGUGAUGACAAUGAUUCCGAUAUCGGUGAAGAAACUAGUACAUCGGAUAGUGGUGGUGGUCAUGUUAUGAAUAAUAGUACAUUAAAAACAAAUAAGAAGCCACGCAAAGCACGUACAGCAUUUACAGAUCAACAAUUAAAUUGUUUAGAAAAAAGUUUUGAACGACAAAAAUAUCUUAGUGUACAAGAUCGUAUGGAACUUGCUGCUCGUCUCAGUCUAUCUGAUACACAAGUAAAAACAUGGUAUCAAAAUCGAAGAACGAAAUGGAAACGACAAGCAGCUGUAAGUUUAGAAUUUCUUGAACAACAAGGUAAUAUUGCUGCUGUUCAUCGAUUACUUCAACAUCAUCAUGCUGCUACUGGUGUUAGUAAUCUACAUCAUUCUCUAUGGUAUUCACCUUAUUUAACACCAACUGCUGCUGAUGCUCUAUUUGCUCUUCAACAACGAUCAUCAAUUGAUCCAAAUAAAUCCUCGUCUGAAUCAUCAUUGUCAACAAUUACUAGCCCGAACAAAUCUGUAUAA